CAUAUGAUUUAUCGUUUUCCUAUGAUUAAUAGCCUCAUGCAUGAGUACAUGUCUUUGCCAGAACCACUCAAUGGACACUUGUCGUUUGAUCUGUAACACAAAGGACAGCUAAGCCAGCACCUAAUACCUAUCUCCGCCUAUUUAACACACUGAAGCAACUCGAUCAGAAGCACAGCCCUAAAGUCAAGUGCGACUACCUGCAUUGCACCUUGGCUAGCCCUUGCCAUGGAGAACGACGGCGUCCCCAACGGACCAGCGGCGCCGGCGCCUACCCAGGCGACGCCGGUGGUGCGGGAGCAGGACCGGCUGAUGCCGAUCGCGAACGUGAUCCGCAUCAUGCGCCGCGCGCUCCCUGCCCACGCCAAGAUCUCCGACGACGCCAAGGAGGCGAUCCAGGAAUGCGUGUCGGAGUUCAUCAGCUUCGUCACCGGCGAGGCCAACGAACGGUGCCGCAUGCAGCACCGCAAGACCGUCAACGCCGAAGACAUCGUGUGGGCCCUAAACCGCCUCGGCUUCGACGACUACGUCGUGCCCCUCAGCGUCUUCCUGCACCGCAUGCGCGACCCCGAGGCGGGGACAGGUGGUGCCGCUGCAGGCGACAGCCGCGCCGUGACAAGUGCGCCUCCCCGCGCGGCCCCGCCCGUUAUCCACGCCGUGCCGCUGCAGGCUCAGCGCCCGAUGUACGCGCCCCCGGCUCCGGUGCAGGUUCAGAAUCAGAUGCAGCGGCCCGGGUAUGCUGCCCCGGCUCCGGUGCUGGUUCAGAAUCAGGUGCAGCGGCCCGUGUACGCUCCCCCGGCUCUGGUGCAGGUUCAGAUGCAGCGGGGCAUCUAUGGGCCCCGGGCUCCAGUGCACGGGCACUCCGUCGGAAUGGCGCCCAUGCGGGCCAACGUCGGCGGGCAGUACCAGGUGUUUGGCGGAGAGCAUGUCAUGGCCCAGCAAUACUACGGGUACGGGUACGAGGAAGGAGCAUACGGCGCAGGUAGCAGCAACGGAGGAGCCGUCAUUGGCGACGAAGAGAGCUCGUCCAACGGUGUGCCGGCGCCCGGGGAGGGUACGGGGGAGCCAGAGCCAGAGCCAGCAGCAGAAGAAUCGCAGGACAAGCCCGUCCAAUCUGGCUAGCCGCAUGGGCGGCGUGCGUUAGCUUCUGGGUCCUGCAUGUACUGAAAUAAUUUGCCGUGUCGAUCCGGCCAUGGUUUGUGUGUGCGUACUGCUUACCUAAUAUGGGUUUGUUCUCUAGUAAUUCAUGUACUCCUUAAUGUGGGCUUGUCCUCUAGUAAUUCAUGUACUCUCUGUUGUUGAAGUUAUCGUCGCUUAAUUUGGUUUUUUCUUAA